UCUCUCUGCCCCUGGGCGUUAUAAAUAGUAAAGGUUAAUUAGUUAGCUGAGAAAUUGGAUCAGGGGCGGGCAGUUAGAAUUUGAUCCAUAGACAGGUAACUCAAGCAAACCCCAUUGUCACUGCAAUCAGACCUAUAUAAAUUCGCCUUGACGGACACCAGUCACCACAUUUUCUUUACCUCUCUGCUGGAUCACCGACCGGGCGAGAACCUCAACGCGGAUUAAAAUGUCGCUCUCAUCUAUCCUUUCUGCUGAUGCCAUCGACAGUGCUAUCAAGGACUGCCAAGCACCGGACUCCUUCUGCCCAAAGAAGUUUUUCCAGCUGUGUGGUCUAACCAAGAAGAGUCCCCAGGACGUGAAGAGGGUCUUUGGGAUCCUAGACAACGAUGGCAGCGGCUUCAUCGAGGAGGAAGAGCUCAAGUUCUUCCUCCAGAGGUUUUGUCCUGGCGCUCGGGUUCUCACGGACACAGAGACCAAGGCCUUCCUCUGCGCCGCUGAUGAUGACAGUGAUGGCAGGAUUGGAGCAGAUGAGUUCCAGGCCAUGGUCUUGUCCUAAACAACGGGACUAAACAUCUCUCCACCUCUGUCCGCUCCUCCAUUUCACCGCUACAAGGACUCUAGUAGUUUAGUCGGUCAUCUUUCCAUCUGGUUUGAUAAAACCUUUUGAUUCUUUUUAUUUUGCAAGACUUGCUACGGUCUACAGACAUCCACAUUCUCCAACAUGUUUUUAGUUUGCUUUUUCAUAUGUUUUAGACAGAUCAUAAUGCCCAAAUAAAUGUACCAUUUACCAAAUUACUGAGAAAAUAAAUGAAUAAAACCCAA